AUGGUGGAUGCUGGCUCAUUUGGAAGAACUAGAGGUUUAUUUGCUUGGGUCAUACGUAGAAAUAAGAAUUGUGAUGGUUUUGCAAAGAAUGCAAUCUUUGAAUUCAGCAGCCAUGAUAUGGACAUUAGAUGGGCUGCUGAUAGAUUCUCCAAGAAGCAAGGAAUUGCUUAUGUCAAUUAUGAUCAACUUGCUUUUGUAUCAUCACUGUAA